UCUUCUAGACUACAAAUAACAAGAAGACGCGCGGCGGCUACAUUAUUAGACGUAUCAAUUAACCCAAACAAGCCACGGUAGCAUCGCCUUUUACGCACGACCACUGCGCAAAGAAGCUCGCAGUUUCAACUAGGAUCUACUUCAUUCUCGGACGAAACAGGAAAAGCAGACGACAAAAGCCCAGUGCCUCCAGCUGUCGAGGGGGAUCAGGUGCCACAGCCGCGUCCAAAACAAACCGGGAGGUCCUCUCUGCACCAGACAAAAGAGAUCGAUCUCAAAGCCUUUCUCCAACCCCACCUCAUCGCCUUUGAGAGACCCACCACCAGAAGCCAGUCCCUUCCCCGCUGGUGCCCGCAGACAGAGGCAGGAUGUUGGCUAAGAUCCUGGAGGACAUGUGGGUGGACCCCGAUGUCCUGGAGGCCCUGAGCGAGGAGCAGAAGAGGAUCCUGUUUGUGAAGAUGAGAGAGGAGCAGGUGCGGAGGUGGAGAGUGAGAGAGGAGGAGGAGAGGAGGAACGGCCUGGACUACUGCGACAGAGCCAACAAGACAGCGAAGUCCAAACAGGUGAGCUGGCUCCUGGGACGAGACGGAGACGUGAGCGUGAUCGUGAUCGGAGAGACGGACGAGUUCAGGGGCUGCAAACUGCUGCAAAACAUCAACAACAGGCUGCAGGGUGAUAAUCUGAAUGGCAUCCAGACACAGAGUCCAGGAAACGAGGAGCUGGACUUUAAACAGGAGGAGAACACGCACGCUACAGAUGACCUCUCCUCGUCCCCUCUGGCGUCUUCGGAGGAGGACAUGGACGUGAAGGAGUCCGACAGCAGUGACAGUGACUCUGGCAGUGCGUCCGAUGCCCUCACAGACUGGGCUCCUCCCCUUUACAAGUCCCACCCACGGCUCCACCCCCAUGGGACCACCCACAGAGAGCAGGGGGCCGGGGGCAAAGAGCUUUUGUCCAACGAGAAGCCUCCAUCAAGCAGAGGUCGUGUGGCUGAGCUCCGAAAGGCGUUUGUGUCCGAGAGCUCCGCACCCUCGUCCGGCUCCAAACCGCCCCUCCCCGCGAAACCACUGCACCUGCAACGCAUGGUCCACUAAACUGCACCAGAGACAACCAUACAGAGACCCCCUAUACAAGAGAACACCAUACUGAGACAACCAAACACAGAGACACCCAUACAGAGACCCCCAAAUACAGUGGAUUUCCAAAUGCCUGGUUUAGUUCUGGAUCAGAUCUUAGGUCUUAGUUUUAAGCCCAGGACAAAUGUAGACUCGGUUUGAUCCUGUUCUAGUCCUGGUUUAGUCCUGGUCUAGUCCAGAUUUAGUUGCAGGUUUAGUCCCAAUUUUGAUGUGAUGACUGUGCAACUGUGAACGCACCUAAGUCCUGGAGCCGACUAGACCUGGUUUAGAUCUGGUUUUAGUCCAGACUGGAAUGUAUGAAAACUAGUCAAAUUUGUUUAUUUUACACAAUUUUAAUUCACAUUUUAACCAUAGUGGGUAGCUCUCUUUUUAGCAGUGCACAGGGAGAGUGGAGGAGGCCGAGGUGCGGAAAAAACUUGAAAUAUUUUGGAGUGAAUUUGAGCUGAAUGAUAAAAUGUAGAGACUUUGAUGUUUUUGGAUCCAGACGAGACGAGUCCCUGGAGAUUUCCACCUCUCAGGGUCUAAGCGCAUGUGGCCACUCUGAAAAAUAUUACCUUUUCAAAUGUCCUCCACACCAAACAGCAGGCGUUAUAACAGAUACGACUAUUUCUCUCUCUAUAUAUGAAGUAUAGUUCUUUUUGUACAAAAUUGAGUUUCUUACAGUCGAUUUUCACGCUGUUAUUUAAGUCACCUGGUCUUUAUUCUGCAAAAGUGUUUACGUGCAAAUAUUAUGAGCGCAAUUUACUGAUCUAUGUUAUGAUUUUGUUUCCUCAUCACAAACAUACAUGGAGUUGUGUUUUGUUUCAUUCACAGCUCAACUCUGCAUAUUUAGGCUGAGUUUUUCUCUCAAACGGAAAACACUCCAUUUGUCCACCUUGUGAUGUCAUGUGGUAAUACAAGAAGAAUUGCUCCACUCUGUUUUUAAACUCCAUACACCUUCACUAGAAUCAUUUGGAUGAUUUCAGGUCUGGAAUUUUUAAUCUAUACGAAACAAAAGGUGAAAAGGUAACUUGAAAACUAUCGCUUCAUGACAUCACAAGGUGGAACAGAGCAUUUUGAGCUUUGAAGAUGUAAACAUAUAAUAAUAAAGGAUUACUCAAACAUGUGAAUGAAACAAAACACAACUCCAGGUUUGUUUUUGAUGAGGUAACAACAUUAUAACAUUAUAACAUAGCUAAAAGCUCAAGAGUCAAUUUGCGUAAUAUAGGACUUUUAAAAUUCAUUGUACUAUGUUUUCCAAAUUACUCGAAAAAUCCAUUGAUUAACUAACAAUUCACCAGAUGUUUUUUUAUGAUCAGAUUUCUUUGCACAUGUAAACACUCAUUACAAUCAGAUAUAAUUAUUGAGUUAUCUGAUUAUUCUAGUUAAUCGGAUUUUUACCGGUCAUGUAUGGUCAGACGUAAUUGAAAGGAUUUCAUGGGAUCUGUUACCUUUUCAAAUCCCCUCAGUGCAAACAAAAUCAUAUUGGACUAUAGGCUCAAACUCCUUUUUUUAUAUUUUCCAAUUCAUCACAAUCAAUUUUCACACAUGAGACAUUUUAACUCUUAAAUUAGCGGAGUCUAUGUAUUGGAAUUUUUGGUGCUUUUUGAAUUGUGGUUUCGUUUUCACACUACUGAUACUGAUAUUUCUUUCAAUUACAUCUGAUACAUAAGGAAUUUAAAUUGUAGUUUGAGUUUGGGUCGAAUAUAUAGAGAGAUAUAGAAAGAGGUAUAGAGAGUGUGGUGGAGAUUUGGUGGCCUCUAGUGGUAAUAAAGUAGAUUGCACCUUUCCACAAAUCAUUAAACACUAAAGAACAAGGUAAAAACAGGAGCCGCUACAGGUCCUGUUGGAACAGUCACUGUCCAUUGAUUGCACUAAUAAAUGAAGACAAUGAAUGCAACUAGUUUCACUUAUAACUUCAAUUUUCUUGCUCAUUUAAAGGGCCCAUAUUACACUAUUUUCUGAUAUAUGUUAUGUUUUUUCAUCAUCACAAACAUAGCUGGAGUUGUGGUUUGUUUUAUUCACACACAUGUUUAUGACACAAACCCUGCACAUUUUGGCUGAGUUCUUCUCUCAAACAGAAAAAAAAACACUGCAAUCUCUACUGAACUAAAGGUAAAAGGUGACAUCACAAGGUGGAACCGAGCAUUUUGAGCUUUGGAGAUGUAAACAUAUAAUAAUAAAGUGUUACUCAAAUGUGUGAAUUAAACAAAACACAACUCCAGGCAUGUUUUUGAGGAGGUAACGACAUAACAUGACUAAAAUUGCACAAGAGUCAGUUUUUAUAUUCAUCUUAACAGUCACCACAUUUUCUAUUAAAAGCAUAAUUUUGUUUUUGGUUUUUUUUCUGUUUUUGUACAAAUGUUUAGUGCAAUAUAUGUCUACGAUUUUGGGAGACCAUUUUUGUUCACUGUACAAUUGUGUAAGAUAAUGUAAAUACAACGUUUCAUGGGAAAAUAUCCAAUGUACCUUUUCUAAACAAUGUUAAAAUGUAAAUAUUAUGUCACAUAUUAUGUUACAUGCAAUAAACAAG